UGUGCGCACUGACUGCAUCAGCGCCUCUCGCAGCUCUGGACACCGACAGUCCUAUUUGACAAAUUCAUUCUUUUUAACAUUUUCUUUUAUUUUUCAUACAUUCGGGGUAUAAUUUCUCUUAGAAGGGAUCCAAACAUCAAGAUGAGCUCAAUCAAUGUGAAAAAGCUGAAAGUGAACGAACUGAAGGACGAACUGAAGAAGAGGAAUCUGUCUGAUAAAGGACUGAAGGCCGAUCUGAUGGUCCGACUGCAGGCCGCUCUGGAUCAGGAGGCGCUGUCCACCGAUACCAAUGGUGCUGAAAGACAGUACGAGGACGGAGACGGCCUCAGUUACAUGGGCGAUGAAGACCUUGAGGAAGAUCUGGCUGGAGAGAGCAUGGAUGCCGAUGAAGAGGAGGAGGCUGGGGAGCAGCAAGAAGAUGACAUGGAGGAGGAUGCCGGCGUAGAGAUGGAUAAAUCAGAUGAAGAUGACGAGGAUGCGCUUCUCAAAGAAGAUGAUGAAGAGAUGGAGAAAUUUGACGAGGAUGAUGUGGCUCUUGAAAGCAGCACUGGAGAUGGGGAUGCGGACAAAGACAAGAGUGAUGAACAGAAGAAUAAGAAGGGUGUAAAGAGAUGUCGAGAUGAACAUGGAAGGGGCUACUUUGAAUUUAUUGAAGAAAGCAAAUACAGCCGGGCAAAGUCUCCCCAGCCGCCACUGGAGGAAGAGGACGAAGAGUUUGAUGACACCACUGUUUGUCUGGACACCUACAACUGUGACCUGCACUUUAAAGUGUCUCGGGAUCGGUAUAGCGCCUCCUCUCUCACCAUGGAGAGUUUUGCCUACCUGUGGGCAGGAGGACGAGCAUCUUAUGGUGUGGCAAAGGGCAAGGCUUGCUUUGAAAUGAAGAUUAUUGAGAAGAUACCCGUAAAGCACAUUUCCAGUAAAGGAAUGAAGAUCCAUGAUGUCCUGGUGGGUUGGUCUCUGCCGAAUAGCUCCCUUCUGCUAGGGGAGGAAGCAUACUCCUAUGCCUUUUCUUCAAAGGCUAAGAAAACCAGCAACUGUGUGACAGAGGACUUUGGAGAGGCAUUUGAUGAGAAUGAUGUUGUUGGUUGCUUUAUAAACUUUGAUGGUGCAGAAGUUGAGAUUUCCUUCUCCAAGAACGGACAGGAUCUGGGAACAGCUUUUAAAGUCAGUAAGGCAGAGCUCGAGGGAAAAGUACUCUUCCCUCACGUCCUCUGUCACAACUGUGCAGUUGAGUUCAACUUCGGCCAGCUAGAAACACCGUUCUUCCCUCAGCCGGAUGGCUUUAUAUUCCUACAGCAGAUCCCUGUUUGUGAUCGCAUCAGAGGACCAAAGGGACCCGAGACCAAAGAAGAGUGUGAGGUCAUUGUCAUGGUUGGACUGCCUGGAUCUGGAAAGACAGAAUGGGUUUCAAAGCACACACAAGCCAACCCAGGGAAAUAUAACAUCCUUGGAACCAACACAAUCAUAGAGAAGAUGAUGAUUUCCAGUUUGAAAAGGCAGAUGAAGGAUGUCGCAAAGAUCUCAGCAAUAUCUCAGCGUGCGCCGCUGUUCCUCGGGAAAUUCAUUGAGAUUGCUGCACGGAAAAAACGCAAUUACAUUCUUGACCAGACUAACAUAUCAGCACCAGCCCAGAGAAGGAAAAUGUGCCUGUUUGCUGGUUUCCAGCGUAAAGCUGUGGUAGUCUGCCCAACGGAUGAGGAAUACAUUCAGCGGACACAGAAAAAGGCAGAAACUGAUGGCAAAGAUGUGCCUGAACACGCAGUCCUAAAAAUGAAAGGAAUAUACACAUUACCUGUGGAAGGUGAAUGCUUUGGCGAAGUGGUUUAUGUCGAGCUGCAGAAGGAGGAAGCUACUAAACUGCUUGAACAGUAUAAGGAGGAAAGCAAAAGUUCCCUUCCACCUGAGAAGAAGCCCAACCAAGGAGGCACUCAGAUGAAGAGAGGAGGUAACCGGGGACGAGGAGGCAAAAAUCUGUUCAACCGUGGAGGUGGACAAGGACAGAGAGGAGGACGAGGAGGAUUUCAAAACAGAGGCAACUUUAGGGGCGUACCUGGACCUCGUGGUGGAUUCAACAGGCCACCAAGAGGCUUCCUCCCUCCCCCUGCCUUCCGAGGAGGCUUCAACCGUGGCAAUUUCAACCGGGGUGGUAGGAUGCCAAACAGAGGUGGUGCUCCCAGACCAGGACCUGGUCGUGGCAAUAUGGUUCACAUGGGCAACAGAGGAGGAGCCAUGCACAGGGGCAACAUGGCCCGAGGGGGAGGUGGGAGCCGGGGCAACUUCAACCAGAAGUUCAGGGUUCGAGAAGGAAAUAACCGUGGCUUUAAAAAUGGGAACUUUAGUAUGAACAAAGUACAUGCUUUCAACCAGAGCUGGCAACAAGGGUUUUGGAAUCAGAAGCCAUGGAGUCAACAGUACCAUCCGGGAUAUUACUGAAUAAACUCAAGCUGUGUUGGACCAAGAUCAUAUCAAAGCAAGUGGAACAUUUAUUUUUUUCUUAAUGUCCUUUUGAUUCUUUACAUAUUUUACUUAGGACAUUCCACAAUUGAGAAGAAAUGACUCUGGGGCUUUCAAAAAGCUUCUCAGGUUAUAUAUUGGAAUUUUUUUUAUUUAUAUUUAACAUUCAUCUUUGGCCGUAGGUACUUCCUUUUCCCAUGACAACACGUUUAAAAUCAGGUAUCUCAAUAUGACUACAGGGUGGGAUGUUUGUCUUAAAAAAAUUAUUGUAAUAAUUCUGAGUUGUGAAUUUGACUUAGAAUUGCUCUUAUGUGGAUCUUUGUGUAGCAGUAAAGCAUCGUAAUAUAUCAGAAAAGAAAUGCUGACGCACUUUACAGUUACAGUAUACGAAUAUUUGUCCUGCUGCAAUAAUAUUUUUUAGUUACAAAAACACUAAACAUUUAAAUAUAUGUACUAGGAUGCUGAAAUGGAAUUUUGUACAUGAAUGGUGGUCAACAUUUCCAGGUUUUAUGUUAAGGUCUUGCCAAAUUAAUUAAAAGUACUGAAAAUGUCCACUGUAAUUAUGCAGUUUCUGUGAGUGUGAAAUAGAUAAGAUUAUUGAUUUAGGAGAUUCUUGAUUUAAAGUUUGUUGUCUAUUAAAUAAAUUAAGGUGCUAAAUAGUCUGUACCUCUAGAUAAAAAUGGGUCAAGUAUAUAAAAAAGCUAUGUUAGUUGUCUGCAAUGUCCUAUCCUCGUUACCAUUUAAAACAAUGCAAUCCAUAGUUCUAAAUGUCUCCAGUCCUACUCGAACUGCCCCGAGCUGGAUUCAAACUUGCGACCCCCAGCAUGGGAAUCAGACAUGCUAGCAAGGAGGCUAGUGCAUCUCUUAAGGCCAGGAGAGUGAGGUUUACACUCUGCACCGCUAUCACGUACCAGCAGGAUACUGUUUGUUUUGGUCAGUAUACUGUAUCUGAGGACAAGUAAGGCUUUGUUUAUAUGUCAGAUUUUUAAAAUGUUAUCUAUCUUCUGUAAGGAGCAAUAUGCAUCAUUUUCAAUUAUGUGCCAUAAAGUAGUAAAAGCAAAAAAGAGAAAUGCUUUUCAUUAUUGCUUUUCAUGCAAACAGUUGCAGACAGGUUAAAGAUAUUUCAAAUGUAGUUUAUUCUCUGUGCAUUAAUAAUGCAAUUUCAGCAAGAAGUCAUAAUAUUAUGUUUGGAAAUCAGAGCUUACUGCUCCUUAAAGAUUUGAGCUUAUUGCAUGAAUUCUUUAAAUAUUUUGCUUUGUAUAUGUUUGUUUGUUUUUAUUUUUUAAGUGUACGAGGUUUACAAGUUAUUUGCAGUCUUCUAUGAUGUGAUGUGAGCACAUCGAUGUGGCCACAAUUUUCUGUAGGUCUGUAGAAAUUUGUAUUUUGCUCUUAUUAAAUUGCUUAAAAGUUUAUUCUAGAAUUUCUGAAUACACAUCUUACUCUUAUGAAAUGGUUGUUACUCAAUUAUUGGUAGCCUAUGUUCUUUCCUCUAUAUUAUAAUUUCAAACAAAAUCAGGAUUUUUUUUUUUUACUGCUACCGUUUUAAUUUUUUUAAGAAAUUGUGAGGAUUUCCUGCUGCAGCUGCAAACAUCUUUGAACAACAGAAUUAUCCAUGCAGAUUUCACACAUUAGAGGGUUUAUUUCUAUUUUCUAUAUAUCAGGAACAGAGACAGUGUUGAAAUUUUACUUGAUUUAUAAACUUAACUUGAAUUAUACAUUUAAACAUUUUAGAUAAUGACAGUGUUGUUAAUAUUUUUUCCAUGUUUCCAGACCUUUGAUGCAAUUGAAUUAUUUAGAUAACUGUUGGUUUAAAUAAUAAUAAUAAUAACAAUAAUUUGCCAGAUAUUAAGCACAUUUAAUUUUCUGAAGUAUUACCAUUUUGUAUUAGUAAUUUAUUGAAGGCAUGUUGAUUAUAACUGAAGCUUGUUUUGGUGUUGUAUUUGUUCAUGUUUAAGGCAUUUGGUCAGGUGACAAAUAUAGUAUUGAGAUACUGACACUGUAAUAGACACUUUUCUUUCUUUUUAUACCUUGCUAAGUUUUGUAUUUUAUCUUUGAAAACAGACCAAAUUAGUGACUUAUUGGAAAUAGAUUGUUUUUCAAAGAUAAUAAAGUUUGAAGAUAA